AAAUUAAAAAUAAUACCCGAGAUUGCGACGACAGGGCUCAUGGCGUGGCAAUUAGAGAGGAUAGUUCCCAUUGUCUAGAGAAAUCUCAGGCGACUGCCCAGAGGUCUCACACCGAAUGAAAUUUGCUGAACCCAGGCGCCCGCUCCAGCUGGCACCAUGGACAGCGAGGCGUUUCAGAAUGCACGGGACCUUCUGGACCUGAACUUCCAGUCGCUGGCCAUGAAGCACAUGGAGCACAUGAAGCAGAUGGAGCUGGACACGGCGGCAGCCAAGGUGGACGAACUGACCAAGCAGCUGGAGUCGCUGUGGUCAGACUCGCCGGCACCUCCUGGCCCACAGGCGGGAGCCCCUUCUAGGCUGUCCCGGUACAGCUCCAGCCCGGUUCCGGAAUCCAUGGGCAGCCGAGGGUCCCCCCGGAAGGCGGCCACCGACGGCACGGACACGUCAUUCCCACGCUCGGAGAGCGCCCCGGCCCUGCAUCCCUACAGCCCGUUGUCCCCCAAGGGCCGGCCGUCGUCUCCCCGCACUCCGCUCUACCUGCAGCCUGACGCCUACAGCAGCCUGGAGCGCGCACCCUCGCCGCGGCCCCGCGCCUUCGACGGUGCAAGCGGCUCCCUCGGCCGCGCGCCCUCCCCGCGGCCAGGCCCGCUCCGCCAGCAGGGUCCCCCCACGCCCUUCGACUUCCUGGGCCGCGCCGGCUCCCCGCGUGGCAGCCCUCUGGCCGAGGGGCCCCAGGCCUUCUUCCCCGAGCGCGGGCCCUCGCCGCGCCCCCCUGCCUCCGCCUACGAGGCGCAGUCCGCGUUUGGGAGCCCCCUGCUGGGCGCGGGCGGAAGCGCCUUUGCCCCGCCUCUGCGCGCACAAGACGACCUGACGCUGCGCCGGCGGCCCCCCAAAGCCUGGAAUGAGUCUGACCUAGACGUGGCGUACGAGAAGAAGUCUUCGCAGAGCUAUGAACGCCUGGACGUCUUCGCGCGGCCUGCCUCUCCGGGCCUGCAGCUGUUGCCCUGGAGGGAGAGCAGCCUGGACGGGCUGGGAGCCACUGGCAAGGACAACCUCACCAGCGCCACCCUGCCGCGCAAUUACAAGGUCUCCCCUCUGGCCAACGACAGGCGUUCAGAUGUGGGCAGCUACCGCCGUUCGCUGGGCUCCGCGGGGCCGUCAGGCACCUUGCCCCGCAGCUGGCAGCCCGUCAGCCGUAUCCCCAUGCCUCCUUCCAGCCCCCAGCCCCGCAGCGCCCCGCGCCAGCGCCCCAUCCCCCUCAGCAUGAUAUUCAAGCUGCAGAAUGCCUUCUGGGAGCAGGGGGCCAGCAGGGCCAUGUUCCCUGGGUCCCCCAUCUUCACCCGAGCACCCCCGCCUAAGCUGCCUCCCCAGUCCCAGCUGCCCCCGCAGCCCCAGCCGCCCUCCCAGCCCCAGCCACAACCACAGCCCCAGCUGCCCCCUCAGCCCCAACCCCAACCCCCUACCCCAGCCCCCCAGCCUCCCCAACAGACAUGGGCCCCUGUGAAUGAAGGCACCCCCAAACCCCCUGCCGAGCUGGAGCCUGAACCGGAGAUAGAGGGGCUGCUGGCACCAGUGCUGGAGGCCGGCGACACAGAUGAAGGCACUGUCACCCGGCCCCUCAGCCCCACAAGGCUGCAGCCUGCACUGCCACCUGAGGCGCAGUCGGUGCCCGAGCUGGAGGAGGUGGCACGGGUGCUGGCGGAGAUUCCUCGGCCCCUCAAACGCAGGGGCUCCAUGGAGCAGAGCCCCGCCGUGGCCCUGCCCCCCACCCACAAGAAACAGUACCAGCAGAUCAUCAGCCGCCUCUUCCAUCGUCACGGCGGGCCGGGGCCUGGGGGCCCUGAACCAGAGCUGUGCCCCAUCACAGAGGGGUCUGAGGCCAGGGCAGGGCCCCCUGCUCCUGCCCCACCAGCUCCCAUCCCAACCCCGGCUCCGCCCCAGAGCAGCCCACCAGAGCAGCUGCAGAGCAUGGAAAUGCGCUCGGUGCUGCGGAAGGCGGGGUCCCCGCGCAAGGCCCGCCGUGCACGCCUCAACCCGCUUGUGCUGCUGCUGGACGCCGCCCUGACCGGGGAGCUGGAGGUGGUGCAGCAGGCCGUGAAGGAGAUGAACGACCCGAGCCAGCCCAACGAGGAGGGCAUCACCGCCCUGCACAACGCCAUCUGCGGCGCCAACUACCCCAUCGUGGACUUCCUCAUCGCCGCGGGCGCCAAUGUCAACUCCCCCGACAGCCACGGCUGGACCCCGUUGCACUGCGCAGCGUCGUGCAACGACACGGCCAUCUGCAUGGCGCUGGUGCAGCACGGCGCCGCAAUCUUCGCCACCACGCUCAGUGACGGCGCCACGGCCAUUGAGAAGUGCGACCCCUACCGCGAGGGUUAUGCCGACUGCGCCACCUACCUAGCAGACGUGGAGCAGAGUAUGGGGCUGAUGCACAACGGGGCGGUGUACGCUCUCUGGGACUACAACGCCGAGUUCGGGGACGAGCUGUCCUUCCGCGAGGGCGAGUCGGUCACCGUGCUGCGGAGGGACGGGCCGGAGGAGACAGACUGGUGGUGGGCUGCGCUGCACGGCCAGGAGGGCUACGUGCCACGUAACUACUUCGGGCUCUUCCCUAGGGUGAAGCCACAGAGGAAUAAAGUCUAGCGGGACAGAAGGAUGUUUCGGAGGGACAGGAGCAGGCAGCCCUGCCUUGGCUCCAGACCUCCUCCUCCAUUUACUGCUGCCUUUACCUGCACCCCCAGCCCUGCAGGGGUGCAGCCCUUACCACCAGUCCUCUGCUCUCCCCGAAGCCCAGGGCAGAAGGAGAACCCCAGCCUUAAGUUUAGGAACCUGCCUUAGCCCUUGGAGGUCCUGGUGGGGCUGGGAAUCACUGGGGCAGGAGACACCCCUCCUUUUUGCCACGUCAGAUCCCGUCCAAAGUGCCUCCCACCCCUAGUGCCACUCCCCCCAGCCCCAGCAGCACAACCCACUGGUGAUCCCCCCUUGAUUUCCCUCGGAGUCACCUCUGACCCCACUCCUCCCAGCGGCCUUGGGGGUACAAAAGGCACAUUGGUCUCUGCCAGGAUCCCUGCCCCACCUCUCCUCAAUGAAGUGCCUUCACACAGCGCUGGUUUUAUGUUUAUAACAAAAUGGGGACAUUUUUCUUUAUAAAUAAAGGUAGUUUGCACAGAAAUUGA